AACAUUUCAGACAGGCAGUUUUACAGCCAGCACUUUGGGGUCCUCUUUAGCUCGAAUGGAGAUGCAAACCAAACAAACACAACUCAGUUGCUUAAACAACUGUAUUUGCGACAACUAACCGGCUUUGUAAUGUACGGAAUGGAUGGUUAUCCCGCUGUAAUUGACAGUGACUCUACGAAGCAGCAAGAAAGACAUUAUUACCUCUUAUCUGAGCUCCAAACGUUGGUGAAAGACUUACCAAGCUCCUUCCAGCAACGUUUGUCCUACAAUACACUGAGUGACCUGGCCCUGGCACUCAUAGAUGGGACCGUAUAUGAGAUUGUUCAGGGACUUUUGGACAUUCAGCAUCUGACAGAGAAAAAUCUGUACAAUCAGAGGCAGAAGCUACACUGUGAACAUCAAGCUCUCAAACAAGACUUGUUGCGGAAACACAAAGAUGCCCUCCUGACAUGUAAACCUCACAACCUUGCACUUCUCAAGUCAAACCAGCAGGCCGAACUUGAGAUGUUAGAAAUGCGAGUUCGAGAGGAGCAGCAGAUGAUGGACAAGAAAAUAGUGGCAGAAAUUGACCAAAAAGUUCUCGACCAGCAAAACACUUUGGAGAAGGCUGGAGUUCCUGGUUUUUAUGUCACCACCAAUCCUCAGGAGUUAAUAAUGCAGAUCAACCUCCUUGAGUUAAUGCUAAAGCUUCAACAGAAAGAGUCUCAACCUGGACUGCAAUGAUUGCAGACUUUUGUGCAGUUUAAUCAUCAACUAUACAUAUAUCAUUGGUGUUUGUAGGAAAUAUUAAGUCCAGAAAAACCAGAGCUGCCUGUCUACAAGAAUAUAUAAUGAAAAUCCCUGCACCAAAAGGCCAUGUUGUACAUUAAAAAAAUGUAAUGUUCAAUGAAGGGAGUGAUUUUUUUUUUUUUUUUUAAUCUUUUAGUUGUCCACUAAGGUUGUUUAUAUGCAUUUUUGUUUGCAAAAAAAGUGUUUAUCAUAUCAAGCACUUAAGAAUAGGUUUUGUUUGCAAAUUUUCUAUUUAUAGCAUUCUUUUGUCAUUUUCAUAAUUAGUUUUUGAUAAAGCUCUGCUUUUUUGAGUUUUUGAUCUGCUGUUUUUUUGUUUUAUUUUUUUUUAGCUAAAAUUAAAAGAUUAUCACUGCAUUCUUGUUUGGAAGAACUGAUUUUACUAUCAUCAAUAAACAAAACUUCUCUUGCUCUCCCUGAA